AAUAAAUGGGAAAUAAGAGUUGUGAGGAACCGAUUUUGUUCAACAACACAAUAAAGGAAGCUCAAAAAGCUUACUUUGAUGAAGAUUGGGAAAACUUCAAGAAAAUAUUCAAGGAUUAUGGCAAGAAAGAUGAUCUGCUCGAGAAUUUUGACUUGUUCAAGAACACCGCAGUUGGCGUCGCAGUUGACAGUGACAAUCCCAAACUGAUGAUGGAGUUACUGGAUAUGCUGUCUCAACAAGAAAAGUGGGUUGCCUUGACGAAGCAGAAUUGUCAAGGCAAUACCCUUCUUCACAAAAUCGCGUACCGAAAGAAACUGUCAACGGUGACGGAGAUGGUGAAAGUUGUGCUCGACUCUGAAAAGAAGAUAGCAUCAGCUCUGCCACCGGAGAGGCUGAAAUUACUGGAGAUGAAAAACUCAAUAGGCGAAACACCAUUGUUUAAGGCUGCCAAGUACGGCAACAUGAAGGCGCUGGAAUAUAUGGCCAAACAAGCAACAAAACACAUGAAUAUUCAUCUUUAUAGCGAUGAAGAGACUAUUCUCCAUGCUUGUAUUAAUGGGCAAUAUUUUGAUAUAGCUUGUUGGAUAAUCGAGAAGAUAGAUUGUAGUAGUCUAAUUAGGAAGCGUAAUAAAAGUGACCUCACGUGCCUUCAGCUUCUAGCCAGAAUGCCUGCUGCCUUUCGGAGCCAAUACAAAAAAGGAUUCUUCACCAUCCUCAUCUAUAAAUUGCUUCCUGACGGGAGAUGCCAAAUUGAAGGUUGUGAUGGUUUUAAGUUGCCUAGGCACCUCAACGACUUAGAAAGUGCCCAAGAUGCAAAGCCACCACCUUCUGUGCUUUCACGGAUAAACUCUAUUGUCAGUAACAAUCUACCCAAAGACCAAAAUGAGGAAGCAACUGUAUCGAGAAUUAAGACGAUAUUUGAUGAAAAGAAGAAACAUAAGUUUGCAAAAAUUCUGGCAGAGUUUCUAGUUAAGAAUGAUGACUCAUGGCAGACCUGUUCCAAUCGUGGCGACAAACAGCAAGUUAUACUGCCUCCUGCUCUUGUCAAUGUCGCGAAAAGGAAAAAACAAUUGGAACGGAAGGAGAAGAGAGAAGAGCUGCAAGGUACGAAAGAUCAAACUCAUGAUGAUAAUAUAUAUAGAACACCAUUGUUUGUGGCAACUAGCAACGGGAUUGAAGAAAUCGUAGAGUUGUACCUUAAACUCCAUCCGAUGUCCAUAAUUCACGUCAGUGAAGAUGGCCAAAACAUACUUCACAUAACUGUUAAACACCGUCAACUUAACAUCUUCCGAUUGCUCAAGCAAAAGCAACACUUUUCUCCCUUGUGUUCUCAAAUUUCUAUUAUCAAUCGUACCGUGUUGCAUGAAGUUGCCAGGAUGGAUUAUUACAGACCAUCGUCCCAACCUGGUGCAGCAUUCCAACUACAACACGAGCUCAAGUGGUAUAAACGAGUGGAAAAAGUUGUUCCUGUUCAUUUACACUUGCAUUGUGACAAUGAGAAACUAACAGCCGGGGAUGUUCUGGACAUAGAACACCAUGACAUGCUUGCAGACGCCCAACAAUGGACACAGCGAACCGCUGAGUCUUGCUCCAUGGUGGCAGUACUUGUGGCCACAGUGGUCUUUACAGCAGCUUAUACCAUACCGGGAGGGAAUGAGGGUGGCUCGCCGGUGUUCCUUACAUCUCCAGUGUUCAUAUUCUUCACCAUCAUGGACAUCGUGGCGCUUGCCUUCUCCUUGGCUUCAGUGGUCAUGUUUCUCUCCGUCCUCAAUGCGCCUUUUGAGCUCUGGGAUUUCCACAAGUCGCUACCACGAAAACUGAGCACAGGGUUUGCUUUUCUGUUCUUGGCAUUGGUCAGCACGAUGCUUGCUUUCAGUGCAACGAUUUUGCUCACAAUUAGGUUGCAAUGGAAGCAAUGGACUUCAACUUUAGUGUAUAGUGCUGCGUUCUUCCCUGUCACCAUAUUUGGCUUGAUUCAAUUCCCACAUUAUAAGAAGCUUCCGAGCCUGCUUCACGAGAUACGUAAGAAGGCUAUGAAGGUGAUUAAUCUAAUCAGAAGAGUUAAGAAACCGAAGCACGCGCUUGAAGCAAAUUAAUUCUUCUUCAAAGGGGGUGUUUAUUUGUGUGCUUUUCUGAUGAAUAAAGGAGUUUGUACAUUUAUGUGCGCGCGCGCGAGGAAGCUUUAUGGCAUUUGGGGGUUUUUUUUUUUUGGGUCAG